CUGACUCGGAAAAACUACACCGUGAAAAACCUGAAGCGCCUCCGGAAACAGCUGGAGAGGGAAUCCGGGAAGCUGGAGGCCACCAAGUGUGACUUCUUCCCCAAGACCUUUGAGAUGCCCUCCGAGUAUCACCUGUUUGUGGAGGAGUUUCGGAAGAAUCCCGGCAUCACCUGGAUCAUGAAACCGGUUGCCCGGUCUCAAGGGAGGGGCAUUUUCCUCUUCCGGAAACUCAAGGAUGUGAUUGACUGGAGGAAGGAUGCCGUGCGCCCCGAUGACCAGAAAGAUGACAUCCCAGUGGAGAAUUACGUGGCUCAGCGUUAUAUUGAGAACCCAUACUUAAUCGGUGGUCGGAAAUUUGACUUACGGGUCUACGUUUUGGUGACGUCGUAUCUCCCUCUCAAAGCGUGGCUGUACCGAGACGGUUUUGCUCGCUUCUCCAACACGCGCUUCACCCUGAACACCCUGGACGAUCAGUAUAUUCACCUGACCAAUGUAGCUNGGACUUCAACUCCCAGAGUGCCCCAGCCAGACAGCAAGGCGAUAACCGACUGGCUUAGCGAGGGAAGUUCUGAUCCCGAUUGGCGUCGUAAGCCGAGGACUAUUUGUACUUUGGCUCAACGUGGGUGGCUGUUAGAGGUCAAUGCCUCGCCUUCUCUGACCGCUAGCAGCCUGGAAGACCAUGACCUCAAGACACGCCUCUUGGAAGACACACUGAACAUCGUGGACAUGGAAGCCCGUUUGACAGGGAAGGAAAAGCGAGUCGGAGGCUUUGAUCUGAUGUGGAACGAUGGGCCGGUUAGCAGGGAAGACGCCAAUCUGGAUACGCCAAUGAACGGCUUUGUGGCAAACACACACCUAGGUUACAGCAACGACAGAAAGAAACAGCUGAAGCAACUUUUCAAGGCGUUUCAGGCGCAGCUGAAAAAUUAAGGCUCAGCC